AUGCCUUUCACAGCAUCCGACAUCUGCAAGAUUAUCCUUGCCAUCAUCCUUCCACCCCUUGGUGUCUUUCUCGAGCGAGGUUGCAAUGCCGACUUUUUCAUCAACAUCCUGUUGACAAUCCUGGGUUAUAUCCCGGGUAUCAUUCACGCUCUGUACGUAGAAAGACGCGCCAGGUCGUCUUCGCCCGGAAUUGAAGCUAACAACAUUGCAACAGCUACAUUAUCCUGA